AUGAAGCGCCACAUCGAACUCAACAGCUUGCGAGCCACUGCCGCAGCCUUCCUUCUUGUUCAAGGCGCCAACGCCGGCAAGGUCUACUGCGCCAAUGCAGAGGAGAAAGUCGUGGCCGAAUCAAAUUGCGACGGCACCGCACCACCAGGAACCUUCUACAUGUUCAACAGCGAAGAAGAACUCGGCAUCGGCUCCAAAGUCUCACUCAAGAACGCCGAAGUAUACGACAGCAACGAAGCGUUCGAGAAACGACACGAACUAUUCCCGGCCGAUGAGCCCAUGCAAGAUCUCGAGGACAAUGGUUUUGGGAAAAGAGCCUGUGGAACCGGAGCUGGAGGUGGUUAUCGUGGGGGUGUAUUUGUUCCUAUUAUUGUUCCCGUUAUUAUUGGCGGUUGA